AUGCUCGUCCAACAGGCCUUGCGGCAGCACAGACCGCGCACCGUCUCUCUACACCUCUUUUCAUCGGCCUCGCUCUCGGCGGCUCCUCACUGCAUACUCCCAUUUCCAAGCUCCAGUACGCCCUCGCCCUCGCCCUCGCCCUCGACCGCCGCCUACCCUGCUCCGCCUGGCGCAAGAUCCUUCCAGGCGACGGCAAAACAACACAAGCUGGCAUCACGCCUGCGUGCCAGCUUUCAAAACACCCCCAAUCCGACACAGUCAGUCACAAAGGGGCCCCAGCUCCGCACCAGCCCAAAGACUUCACCCAGGUCGCCACUGAACAAGCGUCACCAAAGCAUCGCCACAUCGAAAGCGCAACGCGACCUCAGCAACUCAAAGUUUUCGCCCUCGACCCUUCUGACACACCCGCACAGAGCAGGCCGCACCACAUCGCGCAGCCUCGUCCUGCACCAUCUCGAAGAGCUCGAGUCCCAACUCGACGAGCUUCACUCAAAGGCCUUCAACAUCUCGCAGCGACUGCAGCACCUCCUACCCCGCCUCGCAAAAUCAGAGGUCAACACCGGCUGGGGGCCAGAUAGGCUCGCCGCCCCCCGACCCGCCAAUCAAACCUGGACCGUCACGCCGCCACCUCCGGCGUCCGCCAGCUCGUCUCCCACAUCCUCGGCCGCACACCAGCAGCCAGCUUCCGCCUCCUCAUCCUCGUCCUCGUCGUCGUCCCUACCUUCACCUUCGUUUGCAGCACGCCCCGAGCGGCAGUCGCCCUCUCGCCAGCAGAAACCCCUCUUGAGUGGCCUCUUGCACGGCGAGGAUGCCGUCGAAGCGUCUCUCCUCAAGCUGCGCGAUGAGAGCGGCCGGCUCAACAACACCGUCGCCUACGCCGGGCCCAUCGCCGACGCCCGUAGAAAGUGGUCCGACACCGUCAGCGGCUCCAUAAGCGGACACCAAAUUGCCAUCGAAAAGAUCGAGCCGCUUCGCAAGAUGGAAGUCCCCGCUCUGGCACACGGCCUCGACCGCGUCCUGUUCAACCCUGGCAUCUACUGGAUGCGAGACCCGCGAUCCGGCAUCUACAACUUCGAUCCGCGGAUACGCGACAUUCUCGACGUCGACCUGUUUGACUACGAGGCCCUCACCCCCUAUGUCACCUCGAGCAAGGACCCGGAGCUCGAGACGCUUACCAAGAGGCACGGCAGCAGGUUCUGCGGCAGCACCAGCAGCAUGACGGGCCUGCUCAGCCAGUGCUACUUCCACAUCAGCGGGUGGCGCGACCCGGACACCUCGGGCUUCUCGGCGCCCUUCAAGAGCAUGCCCGGCGGCUUCAGCUUCGGGGCCAAGCUGCCCGCCUCGAUCACGCUCAACUGGAAGCCCGACGCCGACGGCAGCGGGGGCGGCCACUACGCCAUCGAUGCCGACAAGGAGUCGGCUGGCGAGGCGGCCAACAACAACUACGUCCUCACCUCGCUCGGCAAGAGCAUGGAAAAGAUGCUGACAACGACGCCCGAGGAGUACGCGCGUUACAUGCGCACCAACAGCGCCAGCCUCAGCGCCGAAGAGCGCAACAAGCCCGAGUCGUACCACUAUGCCCAGGCGGGCAAGCUGAUGAUGCGCUCCCAGCUCGACUGCUCGGAUGACCGGCUGCCCCGGCGGACCUUUGAUCUCAAGACGCGAGCCUCGAUCGGCAUCCGCAACGACCGCGCCAACUACGUCGAGGGCUCCGGCUAUCAGAUUCGCCGCGCCCAGGGCCUCGUUGAGUCGUUCGAGCGCGAGUAUUACGACAUGAUCCGCGCCGCCUUCCUCAAGUACAACUUCCAGGCCAGGAUCGGCCAUAUGGACGGCAUUUUCGUCGCUUACCAUACCACUAGCACCAUUUACGGAUUCCAGUACAUCAGCGUCGAGGAGAUGAACGAGAGGCUGUUUGGCAGCGAGGAGAUGGCCGACCAGUCUUUCCGGCUAAGCCUCGGCAUGCUCGAAAAUGUUCUCGAGGCGGCCACCAAUCUCUUCCCGCGACAGACGCUCAAAUUGACCGUCGAGACCAACUCUCGCGCGGACCUGCCCAUGUCGGUCUUCGUCGAGGCCUCCGAGGUACCCGAUGAGGCAUCCACCUCGACGUCAACAGCAGAGGACAGCACGGCACCGUCGUCUUCGGCCGGGGCCUCCGACCCGCCGAGGCGCAGGAUCGCACAGCUCGACGUGACUGUCGACCGCUACCUGGAUGGGUCCUUCGUUACGGGUCCCGUCGACUUCUCUCUUCUGCCGGGUCGCAUGAUCGAUCCGAUGACCGAGGACGAGAUUGUCCGGCGAUCCCGCCUCGGGCUGCCGCCGGUCCACUUUGACAUCGACUUCAAGAUUGAUCCGCGCGGCGACCUCUCGGAAGCGACGGUGCGGAAACACCUAGACACCAUCCGCGAGAGGCAGAGAUCGCUAAGCUCGCUCAUCAUCCCCAACCUCGAGGCGGUCAGGGAGCGGGAAGAGUACCGAGAGAGCAUCCUGGCCGAGAACCCGGAGGCACUCAAGCGCUUCCGCGAGGAGAGGCGCAAGGGCGAGAUCGGCAUGCCUGUGGCUCCUGGCCAGGACAAGGUUGAUGCCGCCGCCAACAAGUCGUCGAAGGCGGGGGCUCCGGCGUCGGGCGCAGGGUCAAAGGAGGCGGACGCGAUCCUGGCGGCCGAAAGCGAGGACCCGACGCUCGCGCGGGAGCGCAAAAAGAAGGAGGCGAUCGAGGCGAGGUGGAUCAAGCUGCGAAACGCCAAGGCAUUGAGGCUGAGGGAGCUGGCCAGGCUCGGCGCAAAAGACGCCAAAGAGGAAGGGGCAAGGGAGUUGUUCAGAAGUCGCAGCUGA